AUGGCAUCAAGGAGAAUUCUCAAAGACCUCAGGGAAUUGCAAAAAGACCCUCCUACUUCCUGCAGUGCAGGUUCGGUGGCACAAGAUAUGUUUCACUGGCAAGCAACCAUAAUUGGGCCAAAUGAGAAUCCAUAUGCAGGAGGUGUUUUCCAAGUUACCAUCCAUUUCCCACCUGAUUAUCCUUUUAAACCUCCCAAGAGCAUUCUUCUCUCACGAGAACAGAAAGUUUUCCCAGCCUCCAUGUCGUCCCUCAGUGUGAAUUCCACUCCUCCUCCAGUGGCUCAACAAACCUCAGACUCCUCCGAGCUUUCAUUGAUUGCCAUAAACACUUCCAACCAAUUGCCAUACAAACUCACAUCCUCAAAUUAUCCCUCCUGGCGUGCAACCUUCCUAACCAUUCUCAUUGGAUAUGAUUUGAUGGGAUACCUGGAUGGCACAAACAAGUGCCCUCCUAAACCUACUGCUGCGUCAUCUCCUGCUGCUGUGGCACGAUAUGCACGCUGGUAUCGACAGGACCAGCUGCUUCUUAAUACCACUUGUUGA